UUUUAAGGUAUGCUUUUCUCUUAGGAUAAUAAUAUUGUCCUGUAUUAAAAGAGUGCAGACUUAAUUAGCGUUAGCAGGACUUGUACCUCUUUUAGGGUGUAUACAGAAGUUGCUUUUUUUGCCAUUUAAAGUGGUUUAUUGUUGUGACUUAACAGAAGUGCAUGACUUUACAGCACCUUAGAAAUGGGUACAGCACUUUAAAUUAACCCUUGUUAUACACGAUAUUAAAUUUGAAGUACUGUAUUUUACAGUGCUUUAGCAACCUACCCCACUUUAAAUAACUUCUGUACGCUGCUCAAAUUUCUGCCCAGUGGGGAAGACCCAGGAAGCUAUGGAGCAUUGCCUGCCUCUGAGCCUGGAAAGUGCAGGGAAGCUGAGAGCCGCCUCCUCCCCACCUACCAAACACUGCACUUCUGUCAUGUUUAAGAGUGCUUUAACUUUACAGUGCUCUAAAAAGUGCUCAAAAUUACAACACUUCUAUACAGACUAUUACAGGAUUAGUAGAGGUAGCAAAGCAAUAGCAGUAGUUGUAUGUAGAGUGUGAUAGAACAGAACCAUAAGACUUGAAACCACAGAUUAAUUGGAAACAAGAAUGACUAAUUUCUCAAAAGAGAUGAAACGUCCCUUCUUUCUAAAUGGCUCCCAGAAUGAGACACAGACCCAGCCAAGCAAACAGGGAAUGGAGACACAGAAUGCAACUUCACUAAUGGAAUUUGUUCUGCUGGGUCUUCUGAAACACACCAAAGUCCACACCGUCUUCCUGGCCAUGAUCUUACUGGCCUUCAUUACUGCCCUGAUGGGGAAUGCUCUGCUCCUGUUUCUAAUCCAGGUGGAUUCCCGCCUUCACACCCCCAUGUAUUUUUUCCUCAGCCAGUUGGCCUUCGCAGACAUUGCUCAAGGCUUCAUCAUUAUCCCCAAAAUGUCAGCAGACUUCCUGAUCCCAGGCAACCCUAUUUCUGUGACUGAGUGUGGGGUUCAGAUUUUCCUCAUGAUGACCGUGGGUGGAGUAGAGUGCCUCCUUCUGACAGUCAUGUCUUAUGACAGGUACAUAGCUAUCUGCAAACCCUUGCAGUACCCCAUCCUCAUGAGCAGGAACAUCUGCUUUCUUUUAACAGCUGUGGCCUGGAUUGGUGGAUCUGUAAAUGCCUUAAUUCAUGUAGCGUUUACACUGGCUUUCCCUCGCUGUGGCUCAAAAGAGAUUGACCACUUCUUCUGCGAGAUCCCAGCCCUGCUAAAGUUGUCCUGCUCUGAUACCUCCCGCUAUGAGACUACAGUGUUCGUGAGUGGCAUUGUCCUGCUUCUCAUCCCUUCUUCCAUUAUAAUAGCAUCUUACACACUCAUCCUCUCUGCAGUCCUGAGGAUGAGGACCAAGUCAACCAGAGGACAGCAGAAAGCUCUGGCUACUUGCUCCUCACAUCUGACAGUGGUGGGGCUAUUCUAUGGGGCAGGCAUCUUCAUGUACAUGCGACCCAGUGCCUACCACUCCCCAGAGCAAGACAAGAUUGUGUCUAUGUUUUACACCAUUGUCACCCCAGUACUCAAUCCACUCAUCUACAGCCUGAGAAACAAGGAUGUUUUAGGAGCCCUAAGAAAUCUGGUGGGGAAAUGCAGAGUCCUUCAGUAAAAUUCACAGUAGCUCUAGUUUAUUAUGUGCUAGGUCUUAUCAGACUGAGGAGGCCACUGGAGUUGCCACCCUCCCAGAUUGGCCAGAAUUGGCUGGAAUCAGCAUCCAUCUUCCUGUGACUAUUGAAAGCAAUCUGGGAGAUUUUAAUAGGAUAUUUUAAGAAAAAUAAAAUCUCCUGGAAUAGCUUUAGUCAGUGUUGGCAACCCUAGAGGCCACUAGCAGGGUUUUCUGGAACGUUGAGACAGAAACUCUAUUUUCUCAAUCACCUGUCUUAAUACAUAAUAUCCUACUGAGAAUCAAGGGCUUUUGGACUUCAUUUAAUCACUUAGAAAAAUUUUUAGAAAAUCCAAAAUCCACCCCACUCUACCAGUUCACUACUGUUCUCCUGUUGCAGGAGAUUUAAACAAACUAUUGCAUACACUGAAAACUUUAUGUGGGACUGAAACCCUUUAUUGCCAUUAUGCUGGCCUUCUACAGAAGGCAUUUCCUGCAGGAACGUUGGAGACCCAACAAAACUGAUCUGGGGCCUGGGAGAUGAGGCUUAUGAGGAAAGGCAGAAAAAAUAUUUAGCUUGGAGAAGAGAAGAGUGCCAGGAGGAUUUGAUAAUAGCCUUCAAAUACCUGAAGAGUGAUUAUAGAAAGGAUAGAGAUGGACAUUUCUCUGUGCCUAUUAGAGACAGGACUAGAAGCAAUGGCCUCAAGCUGCAGCAGCGGAAAUUUGGGCUGGGGAAGCUAGCAGACCAAGUAUCCCUCUAAAAGUUAUAUAAAAUACAUUGAUUUGAUUUAUUCAAGACAGCAUGUUUAACAACAAAGUUUUAGAUAUUUCAUUGAUUCUCCAUUAUACUCUAUGGCUGAAUCUCCGAGUAUCUCCAAAUCAGUUCUGAAUCUUCUGAAUCUGAAUUGGCUGAAUCGAAUCAGAAAAGCAAUUCAGAGCUCUGAAUUGAAUAGCUAGCAUCCGAAUUGGCUGAAUCUGAAUUGAAUAGUUCCCUAUUCGCACAGGCCUAAUAUUUAUGGAUAACAUGGAGAAAAGGGCAGCUUCCUAACUUUACAUCCAUGGUGAGAUGGCACAAGAUUAAAUGAAAACAAUAUGGUAUACAAUGUUCCUUUCUUUGUGACUGGAAGAAAUGGAGCUGAUCUUUAGACAGGAUAUAAUGAACAUUUAUCCAAUAAAAUAUUUUUUUUGUUUAAAAAAAAUAUUAAAAAAUGAAUUGCUUAAUAGGCAUAAUAUUUCUUUCACCUAACAGAUUUGCCAGUUUUUUUUCUAUCAGGCUGGUAUUUUGUGCUAGUUGUCAAAGAAGCAAUGGAACAGUAUCGUGAAGGCUUGGCUAUCCCUUCAUAUUCCCAACAUUAUCUAGAAAGUGAACAAGCCCGUGUGCUAGGUUCAUAAAGAGCAUUCCUCCAUCCGCCUCUGAGAAGAAAUCCUUGUGAUUUACUUCUGAGUGGUGGCGUUGCUGUGGCCAGUGUAUUAUAGGUCAACCUGUGUGUUCCCCUGAGCUGUGAGUGUGGGAGAAACAAAAGGCCAACAUGCCCGUUGUCCUUGGGCUCUGAGACUAGCCAAGACAUGGUUCCCAGAAGAGGGGAGCAGCUAAAUUGAAAUAUGGCUUGGAGGAAUCAGUGAUCCCAAACUGACUAGGAAGACAAAGAAGGGAAAUGUAGGAUCCUUCCUGUAAUAAUCUGAGCAGUGUUGGUUCAAGUAGGCCACUGAGGACCAUACAGCCCUGCGGCAACCCCUGUUCUACAGAAAUUGGGAGGUAACAAAGGUGUGACAAAGGUUUCAGAGGAGAGGACCCCCAUGGCUGUGCAUGGCGCUGGAGCCCCUGAGUCAUCCCUCUGCCUCCUGUGCACAUGUACAGCAUUGUGGCUAUGGCGAGCUUGCUGGCAGUAGCCUGGCUGCCGGCUCGAAAAAGACUUUGAGCAAUUGGUGAGCAGUUCCCACCAAUCAGGUAAUGAUUGGGAGAGAGGCUUGCCCUGCCCCUACCCAGGGGUGAGAUGAAGAGCCAAGCCUUGGUGAGGACUACGGUGCCCAUCACAGAAGACAGUCUGGUUGUCCUCUAUCCUCUAUUGAUAUGAA